CACAGAGACUCGGGCUGAGGAUGGCACAUCGAGCUUAGCACUGCUGGACCGUUUUCUUUCCUGAACAUCUGGAUUUACAUCAGCUGAUCAUCACUUUUCCUGGAGACCGGAAACUUGUGAAGGUUUCAGCUUUUGCGGAUUUUACAGACUCCACUUUCUUUUUGCCGCUCCUCCAGAUUGUUAGAGAUCUCAGAGGAGGGAAGGAGCAGAGCGCACACACACACACACACACACACCCGGGUCUCUUAUGGACGUUGGCAGAAGCGUGCAGCGCGCGGAGCGGCGCGGUCAUCACCCUGCUGCCUGUGUAAAGAUGCUGAAUGACAUUAAAAUCGAGGACCGUCUGCGGACUGACGCCUGUUCUCUGGAGGUUAUGAUCGGCGGGGACUCUCAGCGGGCCGUGUGCGAGGGCUGCGCGCGGAUCAUCUCAGACCGCUUCCUGAUGCGGGUCAACGACGCGUCCUGGCACGAGGAGUGCCUGCAGUGCGCCGCGUGCCAGCAGCCGCUCACCGCCACCUGCUACUUCAGGGACACCAAACCGUACUGCAAGAGCGACUACCAGCAGUUGUUUGCCACUAAGUGCAGCGGCUGUCUGGAGAAGAUAGCACCCACAGAGCUGGUAAUGCGAGCUCUGGAGAGCGUUUACCACCUGAGCUGCUUCUACUGCUGUGUCUGCGAGCGCCAGCUGUGCAAAGGAGACCAGUUUGUUCUGAAAGAAGGUCAGCUGCUGUGCAAGAGUGACUAUGAGAGAGAGAGGAAGCUGCUCAGCUCGGUCAGUCCAGACAACUCAGACUCAGACAAGAGUGAGGAUGAGGAUGUGAAUGUGAAGUCAGAGAAGAGCCCUGCAGCAGGGAAAGGCAACGAUGACGGCAAAGACCCCCGCCGGCCCAAACGACCACGCACCAUCCUCACCACCCAGCAGAGGAGAGCCUUCAAGGCGUCCUUUGAGGUCUCCUCCAAACCCUGCAGAAAGGUGAGAGAGACCCUGGCUGCAGAGACAGGACUCAGUGUUCGUGUGGUCCAGGUCUGGUUCCAGAACCAGAGAGCAAAGAUGAAGAAGCUAGCCCGCAGACAUCAGCAACAGCAGGAGCAGCACAGCAACCAAAGGCUAGGCCAAGAGGUGAUAUCAGGCUGUAUGGAGGGUCUGCUCAGUUCCUACUCAGGACCUCUACCUCCAAACCAGCAGCAGCACCUGGUGACCAUGGAGCACAACGGCUACAACACUGACCCCUUCCAGCAGGGCCUCACCCCACCUCAGAUGCCUGGCGACCACAUGAACCCCUACGGUACUGACUCCUUUGUCCACGACAUCGACAGUGACACCUCUCUGACAAGUCUAAGUGACUGCUUCAUGGCCAACACAGACGCAGGCUCCUUGCAGGCUCGGGUGGGGAACCCCAUUGACCGUCUGUACUCAAUGCAGAGCUCCUACUUUGCCUCCUGAGAUCCUGGCAUUACAGUCAGUCCCACCCCACCCACCACACCAUACCACCUCCCAGGCCGUGAAGAAGCGAGCACACAGCGUGCAGACACACUACACAGGCCACGGGGUUGUCCUGCAAGACGUGAAUCAGGAAGCAGGGGAAUAUGGCUGCAGGACCGAAUCCACCAAAAGACCUCCACCAGCCAAAGGAAAAGGAAAACUUGAAACUGAGACUGGACUGCUCCUCUUACCCCACUCUGUCAGUGUGGAGGUUUGGUGCCGUAGACUUUUCAACUGGGUUCAUUUUGUCGGAGAGACAGCUGUCAACAUUUGUACAAAUAUCACAGCAGAAGUGUUUAUUAUCAAAAGUGGGACUAAAGUUCAGGUCAGAGAAACAUUAGGCUUCAUGCUUCUCAUUAGGUAACACAGUUUAGAUCCAUUAUUAAUGUUGUACGUUGUUUUUAAUGGGACAAUUACGCAAAUAUAGUUUGGUGAUGUCAUUUUAGCCAAGCAUCAAGAUUUUACCUGUUGCUAAACUUAUACUGGAUGCUGUUGUAUAUGUAAAUACUGUUCUUCAGAAACACCCAGUGUUGCAUGUUAGAAUGGACAGCGAUUUAUUUAUUCCCCACCAAUGUGCUGGUUUGCAAGAAAUCCAAAAAUUCUAUUUAAGAAGACAACAAGAUCCCAUUGUGAUGUACAAAAAAAUGCCCAUCCCAAUUCUCUGAUUAUUUUGAUCCUGAUAUUUAUCACACUAUUUGUGUUGGUUUAUUGAGUGUGUAAAUUAGUAUCUCUUUGCUAUUUAUUUUUCCAUUGAGAUCCUCUGGGAUGCAUUUUAAAUUUCCUAACUUAAUAAAAGUGUUGAUACUUGAUACUACAAAUAAAAAAAAUG